AGCAACUUUUAUCAGUGACAUAGGCCUUGCUCUGCAAAGCUCUUUGCUGGGGAGGAACCUAACCAACCUUUACAGGAGGAACCUAUUGCCACUGCUGAGGUAACAGAGGCUCAGAGAAAAUUUUGUCCAAGAUCAAACAGAGAGCAAGUAGUGGAGGCAAGCUUGAAUCUCACUUCUUCUGACUUAAAAUUUCACUCAUGAAACUGUGUCAAGGUAAGAACAUUUGGCUAAGUGAUAAAAAUCUACAUUUUUGUGCAGAAUGUACUUUCCACUUUUCUUUUUCCCCCCUCCCCUCUCCACCUCUUCCUUCUAAUCCUCCUGCUCCCCCUCCUCCCCCCUUUUUUCAUCCCCCCCUUUUUCUUCAACAUAGGGUUAGGUCUAUCUAUCUUUAAGUAACUAUUUUUAUUCAUUUAAUAAUCUACCAGGCACUGAACUGGAUGCUGGGAACUUAAAGAUGACUAUGCAGCAGAUCCUACCCUUAGAUCACAGAGGCUAUAAACAGGAUGUUUCUGGGUCCUGUGAUAGCCUCCAUUGUUCUGUUAUCUGUUUUCUAGAUAGUUCAUUCUUCUUUGCUUUAUUAUUGUGAUUGUGUAACUCACCUGGGAUUUGAAUUUCCUGAGAGAUUAUCUUCAUUAUCUCUGAUUCUUUGUUUUGAUUAUCAGAGUUAGCUCUUAAAGCUUCCUUAGUGUUCUUGUUCCUUAUUCAUGUUUAGAAGUUUUAACAGGCAGUGUGUUUGGCUUUCUACAAUCAAUAUUUCCUUCUAAGUCACCUUGAAAUGCUUCCAAGAAUGGACAGCCAUUUCCUCUUCUGAAAAUAGGAAAAACUGAAAAAACUGAAGGCACCUGGGGUCAAACUGAGCAUACAAAUAGGAAGGCACUCCGCAGGGAUAAGAUUGUGAAACAUGGCUGAGGAUAAAGGCAAGAGAGAUUCCAUUGGAAUGAGUAUGAAGGGAGGCCGGACAAACAACGGGUUUGUACAAAAUGAAGACAUCUUGGAGACGGACCUGGACCCAGGCAGCCCAGAGGACAGCCCACAGCACAAUGCCGUGGACAUCUUUGGCCCUGCGGAGCCCGACUUGAAGGAUGUGCGGCCCUACGCGGGGAUGCCCAAGGAGGUGCUGUUCCGGUUCUCGGGCCAGGCCCGCUACCGGGUGCCCCGGGAGAUCCUCUUCUGGCUCACCGUGGCUUCUGUGCUCGUGCUCAUUGGGGCCACCAUAGGCAUCAUUGCCAUCUCUCCGAAGUGCCUGGACUGGUGGCAGGCGGGGCCCAUGUACCGGAUCUACCCGAGGUCUUUCAAGGACAGCGACAAGGAUGGGAACGGAGAUCUAAAAGGUAUUCAAGAUAAGCUAGAUUACAUCACAACUUUAAAUAUAAAAACUGUUUGGAUUACUUCAUUUUAUAAAUCAUCCCUUAAAGAUUUCCGACAUGGUGUUGAAGAUUUCCGAGAAAUCGAUCCCAUUUUCGGAACAAUGAAAAAUUUUGAGAAUCUGGUUGCAGCCAUACAUGAUAAAGGUUUAAAAUUAAUCAUCGAUUUCAUACCAAACCACACCAGUGAUAAACAUGCUUGGUUUCAAUGGAGUCGGAACCGGACAGGGAAAUAUACUGAUUAUUAUAUCUGGCAUGACUGUACCCGUGCAAAUGGCAAAACCAUACCGCCCAACAACUGGUUAAGUGUAUAUGGAAACUCCAGUUGGCACUUUGAUGAAGUACGAAACCAAUGCUAUUUUCAUCAGUUUACGAAAGAGCAACCUGAUUUAAAUUUCCGUAAUCCUGAUGUUCAAGAAGAAAUAAAAGAAAUUAUACAGUUUUGGCUCUCAAAGGGUGUCGAUGGCUUUAGCUUCGAUGCUGUUCAAUUUCUUCUAGAAGCAAAGCAUCUGAGAGACGAGGCCCAAGUGAAUAAGAACCAAAUCCCGGACACAGUCACUCACUACUCGGAUCUGUACCAUGACUUCACCACCACACAGGUGGGAAUGCACGACAUUGUCCGCAGCUUCCGGCAGACAAUGGACCAGUACAGCAGGGAGCCUGGGAGAUACAGGUUCAUGGGGACUGAAGCCCAUGGAGAGAACAUUGCCAAGACCAUGAUGUACUACGGUCUGCCUUUUAUCCAAGAAGCAGAUUUUCCCCUCAACAGUUACCUCGGUAAACUAGACAUGCCUUCUGGGAACAGUGUGUUUGAGGUUAUCACAUCCUGGAUGGAAAACAUGCCAGAAGGAGAAUGGCCUAAUUGGAUGACUGGCGGACCAGACAAUGACCGGCUGACUUCUCGUCUGGGGAAACAAUAUGUCAACAUCAUGAACAUGCUUGUGUUCACACUGCCUGGAACUCCCAUAACUUACUACGGGGAAGAAAUAGGAAUGAGAAAUAUUUUAGCCACAAAUCUCAAUGAAACCUAUGAUGUUGAUACUCUUCUCUCAAAGUCACCAAUGCAGUGGGACAAUAGCUCAAAUGCUGGUUUUUCUGAAGGCAAUCACACCUGGUUACCCACCAGUUCAGAUUACCACACUGUGAAUGUUGAUGUCCAAAAGACUCAGCCCAGAUCAGCACUGAAGUUAUAUCAAGAAUUAAGUCUGCUUCAUGCCAAUGAGCUGCUCCUCAGCAGGGGCUGGUUUUGCUACUUGAGGAAUGACAAUCACUCUGUUGUGUACACAAGAGAGCUGGACGGCAUAGACAGAGUCUUCCUCAUGGUUCUGAAUUUUGGAGACUUAUCACUGCUAAAUCUAAAGGAAAUGAUUUCAGAUAUUCCCACAAGAGUAAGGAUAAGGUUAAGUACCAAUUUUGCCUACAAAGGCCGUGAAGUUGAUACGCAUGCCAUUACACUGGACAAAGGAGAAGGACUCAUCCUUGAAUACAACACGAGGAAUCUCCUUCAUCACCAAACAGCAUUCCAAGAUAGAUGUUUUGUUUCCAACCGGGCAUGCUAUUCCAGUGUAUUGAACAUACUGUACAGCUUGUGUUAGGCACCUCUGUGAAAGAGAUGGCGACCCUAGCAUUCUGUUCUACUGUAAGCAUUUGCAGUAACUUCACGUACAGCAGCAUGCUGCUGGGUGAACUUUAUGCUCGGUAAUUAAUUCUUAGAUAUUUCUGUAGCUUGAGUGAAACUGCUUUAGGAUAGGUUCUCAAAUGUUUUUCAAGAAUAAUAAAGUGUUUAAAAGAAAA